AUGAAUGCUUUUCUGUUUAUCCACUCUUCUUUCCAACAUAUAAUAUCCCACUUUGUCUCUUUCCACACAGAACGCAUACGUGCAUUCAGAGCAUACUCGCUAACGUCUCCGACUCUUUCAGCAGCCCCACCAGCGAGAUUCUUCAUCAUCAAAAGCUGGAAUAUGCAAAAUGUUAUCGAAGCGCAACGCGAUGGAGUCUGGGCCACUCAGGAGAAAAAUACAGAAAUGUUUGCCGAGGCUUUCCACAGCUGUCGCUCUGUCGUGCUGCUAUUCAGCGUCAACAAAAGCAUGGCAUUCCAGGGCGCUGCCGUGAUGACGAGUCCGCCGUCUGCUACAGUCCCGCAACCAGCUUUCUGCAAAAAGCUAAAAUGGCCCACCUCACCACCCUUUCGUAUCCGUUGGAUCUGUACAACAUCUGUCCACUUCAAGUUCGUCGGACAUCUGAGAAACAUGUAUAACCCCAACGAUGACGGCGAGCCGCAUGCUGUACUUGUUGGCAAAGACGGACAGGAGGUCAGUACCUCUGCUGGAGAGGGUGUCGUUGAGAUCUUGAGGGCCAGAGAUGGCGAGGCAAGGGGCGAGGGAGAUAGACCUUGA